ACUUCCGGUUGCAGAAGAAGCCCAAGCGAGAACUUACUGCAGAUGAAGAGCAACGGAUGAUUGAGAAGUUUGAAAGAGGAGAUGCUGAAGGUGUACAGUUUGUCAUAGAAGCAUUUUAUGGCCAUUUAGAAGCAAAGGAGGAGGAGUUGAUUUCACGGGAUUUAUUUCUUCACUCAGACAACAACUGCUGCACAUGGGAAGAUUUGAUUGCACAGGAUUUAUUUCCUCACUCAGACGACAACUGCUGUAAAUGGGAUUUGUGUGAUUGUUGUCGUGAAGAGAUUUACAAAACCACCAUGUCAUCUAGUAAGACUGUUGAAAGUUAUGUUGCUGAAAUCUUUGCUAAGAUAAAGGAUGCAGAUUACCCAUACUUGGACACUUUUUAUGAUACACUACAGAAAAUGAGGUCUAGUGGUAAACAGAAGCAUGAAGAUAAUUAUUGGAAAGUUUUACAAUGUUUGGGGGAGACUGGCUCAGAUAUGAUCAUCAGGUCCUUAGUUCUGUGUGAACGAGCGUCGUGUAAAUGUCACAUCAAUCGUAAUCUCUAUGUCCUGAUGCAAUUGUUUGUAGAAAUGCAAAGUUCAGUUGCAGUUAUCAAACAUAUCAAUCUAUAUAAAGACAAGGUUGUGUCUGUGUUAUUUAAAGCAGUACGUCAGAGGGAAAUUCCAGAACUUUCUCGUAAAGGGUUUAUUAGCUUGUACCGGUGUCUUCUUGUAGGAAAGUUUAGUAUGGUUGAAUUAUACCUCCGCCAUAAUAUUUUCCGAGACAUUCAAGAACACAUCAAAUGUAGAUUGCAGUUUUACAGCAUACCAAGUAUGGAGGCCAUUCAGUACUGUGCAAAGAUUCUUCAUGUAAUGGCAUUGCUGGGAGGAACUAAUACUCAACGUAGGAUUAAAUCAAGCCAGGCACUUAAACUUUUAAUGGAAUAUGCCAAGACCUUCAAUCCAAAAAAUGCUCAGAUGGAGAAAAACUAUCUUUGGUGUUACCAUAAAGAGGAACUAUUCCUUCAUUUCAAUUCCCUCAUCGAAAUUCUUUUUGAGGAAUCCCAGGAGAAUCUUAAAGACAGUUGGCAUCCCAAAGACAAACUGAGUGAAGAUUUAUCAGAUGAAGCUAGUUAUUUCUGUUCCUGUCCUAGUUGUCGAAAGCAAUGUUGUGACAAAGACAAGUUUUUAUAUUGUGGUGCUUGUAAGCUAUCCAGAUACUGUAGUGAGAAAUGUCAGAAGGAACAUUGGAAAAAUGGUCACAAGUCUACAUGCCUGAGUGAUCACUUACAGGAAAAGGACUUCAAAUCAUUUUGAAACUGUUCAUACAUGUACAUGCUUGAUUCCAACAGGAGAGGGGUUUUGUACCUGCCCUGAAUGAUGAUGUCUAUAUAAAGACCUUUUCUGUAUGUACAUUUUGUACUUGUUUAUUUCAAACUUUUAAUUUGCAUCUGCCUAAACAAUCCACAAACCAUAAUAGAUUUCCAUGAUGCAAUUAUAAAUGUUAAUUAAGGGAGCCAUUUCUAUUGAAUGUGAGUUUUGUACAUGUAAAUGUGUCAUACAAAGUUAAAACCUUUUUAAUGACCAGCCUAACUAUUUCAGACUGUUUUUGUUAAGAAAAAUCUCCUUUUUUUUUAAUUCACAUGUUCAAUACCUUCU